AGAUGGGUGGUUUUUUUAAUAUAUAUAUAUGCACAACAAAUUCCAAACUGUCCUCUCGGGUCCUCGGUCCUCCAGAGUAGGAGUGUACCUGGAUCACAGAGCAGGUAUUCUGUCUUUCUACAGUGUCUCUGAAACGAUGACUCUCCUCCACAGAGUCCAGACCACAUUCACUCAGCCGCUCUAUGCUGGACUUUAUCUUUUAGAUUAUGGCGACACUGCACAGUUCAGUCAGCUGAAAUAGACAGAAGUCGCUGGGCGACAGUUCUUUGAUGUUGUGUUUUUACACAUUACUUGAAAAUUCAUUGCUUCAUUUUGGAUAUAGAACUGCAAAAGGCUUUAUUGAGUUAACUGUCCUACUCCUGUUUUUUUGUUUUGUUUUGUUGGUUUGUUUUUUACAUGUAUUUGCAGCUUUAAAUUGAUAUUUAAUGGUGACUUAUGCCGUCGCAAAAGUGUACCUAUUUACACAUUCCUUCUUCCUGGAAUAUAAAAUUACAUUCAAAUAUUUCGACUGAGGAGUCAUUUGUCUUCAGUUUCCUCAAAUUCUUCAUCAGUUUUUCGUUUUUAAAAUUUUAACUAUAUAAAGACAGCGAAAUAAACAAAUGGAUAAAGAAACAGUGCUAACAUUCAUUAACAAAAGUUAUAUUAAGCAAUAUCCUUGAAACGCACCAUUUAUCUUUUCACAACACUCUGAGAUAUAAAUUAUGGGCUUCUUUUAAAUACCUUGUGUUUAUACUUAUUAAUUAAUCAGAUUUCCUCUACACUGAAAAAAGUCUAACAUGCAGUCAUUCAUUCAAUCUAAUAAGUGCCAUUCAAAACAGAAUAAAAUCAUUGAUUUGAUUGUGAAACCCUUUCUUUUUGCAUUUUAAAAUACCACUUUUGAUUUGGAUGAAACUAAAUAUCUGUACAAAGGACACAACGCAAAGUUUUUGAUUUCUCUCAAAACAUAUAUUUCUUUCCAUGUUGAACAGAUAAUAUCUUUAAUUUGAGUCAAAGUGAUUUGUACUUGAACACGCCCACCAGAAAUAGACCGGGACCCAUUUUUAUUCUGCAUGGCUGCUGGAAACAUCGUGUCACAUUUUGAUUAAUUUCAUCUGAAAAUAAACGUAAGUAAAGCCAAGUGUGUUACAAAAGCUUUUAUAAUUUGUAUUGCCAAAAUUGCAGAAAAUAACCCCAUUUAAGCUGGGUCGACGGCCACCCCGAAUUUUUGCAUGAUUGUAGCUGCUAGCUACAAGCUAGCUAGCUAUCCGGCGCGACGUUAGAACUGGUUACCAGCAACCGACCAUCACAGUCGGGAAUGCAAGUUAGGCAAAAAGCCGUAUUUUACCAGUAUACUAACUAGCUAGCGUUACCACGAUGCAUCGGUGGUGGAUACAGCUAGCUAGCAUAAGUUCAUAGUUCAUAACAUUCAUAGUGUAACUCCGUGCUCCGCUUCGUUUGAAUUUUUCUGGUGAGCUCGCGGUUUCUAGACACAAGCUUGUGUUUGUGCGCGCACAUUUGUCUCUGUCUCUCUUCAUAUAAAUAUCUGUGUGUUAUGUGUUUGUACACCGAGCGCAAAAGAUAAUUAUUAAUGUGCACGAUUUAGAGACAGAAAUAACACGCCAGCAUAUAAGAUCAAUGACAUAAGACUAAUUCCUUCAAUUGACUUUCAGGCGCGGCUCGGAAAAAUGUGCAUUUUCUGAAGAAAUUUUAAUUUUAACUUCAAAAAAUUGACCCUAUGCCAAACUUAGUCGCUAAUGGCUGGUCUGUAGACUGUUUGGUAAACCUAAAUCAAAUUAUAGUACUAGCUUUUUAUAAGGAUGUGUAUGUCAUGUUACGUAUUUCUUGGUUUUUCUAUGUUAUGUGUUUUAUAGAGAAGUAACAUUAUUCUUUUUUUUCUGUAUGCUUUCAGAACCACAGAUCGCUCCAUCCAUUCCAUGGCUGAAGCAUACAUUUUCAUUUAAUCUGAACAGUUUUAUGUACACUAGCGCUGAGAGGCAACUUGAUCCACAAAUAUGGCAAAUCCCAUAUGACUCCUCAUUUUGUUGAGUGACAAUAGCUCUGAGAGGAUGGAUCUAUCAAGGGUGCCAGACACAGUUGAAGAGCUCAUUGAACAAGUUAAAGAGUCAUGCAAAGUUGCUGGAGGUAUCAGGCUGCAAUAUAAAGAUGUAGACUUUGGUGGAACAUUUGUGAACUUGAACUCAACCUCCAUGAUCAAGGAUCUUACCACCAUCAAGGUCAUACCGUCUGCUACUGAAACAUUAAUUUUAGAAUUUGUAGAAAGUGACCUAGAUACAAGCUCCAUCUCAACACACACUGAUGACACAGUCAUACUAAGCAGCAGCUCCUCUGAGAAACUCCGCACAGAGCCCUGGCCAAAGGAGUUCAACAUCCCACAAUUCUCUUUUGAAACAGAAGGUCAACUUGAGAAAGGGAAUGCGGAAUACACAAAGGACCAAACCAGGCUCACACCUACAUCGAAAAUGUUGUCCGACAUUCUGGAAAGACUGGCAGAGAAGAUUUUCUCCUACAAGGUGUACCCCAGUGAUGGAGACCUGAGUGACGUUGCGGAGGCUCUGACAAGGAAACAUCCCUGCUUGAGGCAACCAGACUCCUUCAAUGAGAGCUACGGAUGGAAACUCAGACUAAAGACUAAGAUGAGCAAUUACCGCACUCAGCUUAAGUCACAUGGACUUGCAUCUGAGCUCUUAGUAAAUACCCUCAAAUCAAAGUCACGAGAAGAUCCUGUUCCCAAGCCAGCCAAGAACAACAAAAAGGCAAGAAGAGGUGAGGCCAAUUACUAUCCUCAGACCAGCAGUGAGAAUCCAGAAAGCCUAGAACUAGAGCAAAUAUCUCUCCUGACCGAAUUAAAGAAGAGAAACAAUGAGAAAACUGUACAAGAGAAGAUGGCCAGGACCUUCGAAUUCAGGAGGAAAGAGGUUGUGGAUAAGAAGCUUGACAUCAAGAACCUCUUGGAAAGAUGGCCAGGUCUAUUUCAGAUGGAAGAGAUUAAUGCAGAGUUUCUGCGGGUUACUGCAGUUUCCUUGCUAACCAGAUUCAUGGCCCAGCUGGACAAGCACUCCCCACAGCUACUUAAAAUAAUCAGAAAGAAAGGAGGGACAACCAAAGCAAAAACUGCCAUAAUCCUAGAGUUUCUUGAUCAGGGUGCUGAUGCUGACAUUAGGAGGGAGUGUAUACUUAAAUCUCUCAUUAUCUACCUUGGAGAACGUGUUGAGGACUUGAUAAAAGAAUACAUGAUAUCCCAGAAAGAUGAAGCUGAGGAAGAGCUGCAGAGUACCACAAUGGCACUCUUCGUCUUCAGGGACAACUCAAGCCUCCUACAUCAGCCUCGAGACAUCGGGAUAAUCAUUGAUGGUGUGGAAGUCCUGAAUGAGUUGCCUUCUGUGGCAGCUGGAGUGGCAAUGGUCUUUGGACUCUGUUAUGCUCUUAAUAUGGAAUAUCCACGAGGAUUCAGGUUCACCUUUGAGGCUCUUCAAAAGAUUAUGAUGGAGCUUGACUUUAACAAGAUGACCUCUAAGAUUCGCAAACUUAAUUGUGAACUUAACACUGCACAGUAGUGUGUUUGCAUGUGUAUGUGCACAUGCAUGUGCAUGUGUGCUUGGUUAUUUUGCUUGGUUGGCCUGCAGUGGUAUUCUACAUUCAAAAGUUAUAAGAACACCCAUUUGAAAGGGAGAUUUAAGUUGAUUUCAUUGAUACAUGUGUACAUUUUUUUUUUUACAUUGUACAGGCACAGUGCACAUAUAAACAUUUUUGAGUACUUGCAAAUUGGUUUAAAAAGAGUUUUGGUUUUAUGCCAGUUUUAGACAGGUUGCAGGUUUUAUACCAGUUCUAAAAAGAUUGCAGGUUUUAUACUGGUUUUCAAAAGGUUGCAGGUUUUAUACUGGUUUUCAAAAGGUUGCAGGUUUUAUAAAACAAACAUUUCUCUAAUCAUUUCUGCCGUAGCACUAAAUCUUUAUAUUACUAAUCCUCUCUAUUGAUUAUAGUUAAAAUGGUUUGGAACAAUAAAUAAUUUUGAAAUAA